GUCCCUCCUGCCAACAUGAUUCCUCCCAGCAACGCGGUGGUUGAAGUCAACGUGGAGAAGGAAAAUGACAGGGAGAACCCCGAUCAGCCCCCCUCGCCUGCCUCCACCACCAGCCAGGAAUCCAAGCUCCAGAAACUGAAACGAUCGCUGUCUUUCAAGACCAAAAGUUUGCGGAGUAAAAGUGCAGACAAUUUUUUCCAACGGACAAACAGCGACAUGAAGUUGCAAGUUGAUUUGUUGUCAGAGAUCAGCCCCAGAACCGGUCACCUCCCAACCCCAGAAAGUCAGUCAUCUACUCCAACCAAGAUCCAUAACCAACAGGAAAGCAACAAGGCUCACAUUUUCCAGGAACACAUCUUCAAAAAACCCACUUUCUGCGAUAUCUGCAAUCACAUGAUUGUCGGGACGAAUGCCAAACAUGGACUGCGUUGCAAGGCCUGUAAGCUGAGCAUUCACCACAAAUGCGCAGAGAGCACUGGACAACAACGCUGUAUGGGCAAACUGCCAAAGGGUUUUCGGCGUUACUACAGCUCUCCACUACUCAUCCAUGAGCAGUUUGGCUGCAUCAAAGAAGUCAUGCCUAUUGCUUGUGGCAAUAAGGUCGACCCUGUCUAUGAAACACUUCGCUUUGGAACUUCCUUGGCCCAGAAAACCAAGAAAGGCAGUUCUGGGAGUAGUUCUGAUUCACCAAAGAGGAAUUCUACAUCAGACUUGGCAGAGGUCCCCGAGGAAGGGGAUAGUCUGGGAAGCAUGUGUGAUGUAAACAGAAAACGCAGUAACAGUGUAUUUACAUACUCAGUAAACGGUACAACGGAUUUCAGAGAUGAACCGAAGAACAUAAACUCCCUUGUGCAGGGAUCUCUUAGUAAAGACACAAUGCAGACGAAUGCCUAUGUUGCCUUGUACAAAUUUGUACCACAAGAAAAUGAAGAUUUGGAAAUGAGGCCAGGAGAUAGGAUCACACUUCUGGAGGACUCAAAUGAAGACUGGUGGAAGGGCAAAAUAGAAGACCGGGUUGGCUUUUUUCCUGCUAAUUUUGUACAAAGAGUACAGCAAGACGAAAAGGUCUACAGGUGUAUCCGAAUGUUUAUUGGAUGCAAAGAGCAGGGACAGAUGACCUUGAAAGAAAACCAAAUCUGUGUGACUUCAGAGCAGGAACGUGAUGGCUUUAUCAAAGUGUGCAGUGGAAAGAAAAAAGGCUUUGUUCCCCUUGACGUCUUAGAAAACAUCUGAUGGUUACCAGUUCAACCACUGCGGUUGUGAUGCUUUGCCGGCAAGGCCUACCUGCCUCCUCUUGCACUGUGUUGACCCAUUGAGCCGUCUUGGAGACAACCAGGGAAAUCAUUAGGCAAUGAUCCAUUGAUAUCAGACAUUUAAGCUGCUGUUGUGUCAGAAGAGGGUAAUUGAGAGAUGAGAAACUGGUCCCUGGGGUAAGGAGCCAAAAGAAUGGUGUGUCAAGUUUUAGGGGAGGGUCACUUUGCUUUAAAAAAAAUUCAACUGGAUGAUUUUUCCAAGCAAAGCUGCUUACUGUUACCCUGCUGGACACAGACAACUAAUGUGAACCAUGCAAUUCCACACCCUGUUCCUGUGUCUUAAGAAAACCAUGUGAGGGUUUUGUUUUGUUUUUCUCAUUUGAAGUGUGACAGGAUGGGGAAAGGUUCUGACUUCUUCUGUGUACUCCAGUUUGAUGCUUAAAAUUUAUUGUGUGAGUCUGGUCCUAAAAUGUUGUCGAUGGUAGUAGCAAACAAGCAUUAUGUUCAGUUCUGUGAGUUGCACAGCCAUCAGUCCGAGGAAACUUGCCACGGCCUGGACUACUUUCUCUGUAGAUUCUGAUAUACAGUACUGUGGCAAGCUUGUACAUCCCUUGAUUUUACCAAUAUAUGAGGCAACUAUUUCAGCACACUUGGAUGUCAAUGCUAUUAAAACAGCAGAUGAACUGGGGUUUUGUCUGUGCAAUCUAAGUCAGGAAUUGCCGGAUCUAGAUGAAAAGAAAAAUACAGAGAGAGCUAGGAACUGAAUUGUAAUGCUAGAGAAGUUUUCUAUUUUUCUGGUACGACUAUUUGAGUAGAUUUUAUAUAAAUAUACAUAUAUGUAUAUAGCAUGAUCCUGUUUAUAUGGGUAAUGAAUUCCCUUUCACAAUGAAAAAGCAAAUUAUAGAAAGGAAGAAAAAUAUAUUGACUGAACAUAUUUAUGAAUAAAUGCAACAUCUUAAAAAGCUAGGGGGUUUGGUGAUCCCAUCAGACCACUAUCCGCCAUGGAGUUAGGGACAUUAAAGCCCAAGUUGACCACAGAGGGGUAGAAUUGAUGGCACUAAAGCCAAAGUGUCAUAUACUAUUUCAGAUUUCUGUGUUAACCCACAAGGCAACUUGAUUCAGGGCUCUGUCCCUCUGCCUUCAUCAAGAGGCCAAUGGAUUGUUGAUGAGUCUCUGUUCAGCAUCUGUUGGCCUCAUUGGAACACUACUGACUAGCGAUAUAAACUGCAAAAAGGAACCCUACUGUUGCCAGAUUUUAAGAGCUCUGACUCCCUUCUCUUUUGUUAACCAAACUGCAGUCUUUAAAUUUGUUUCUAAAAACCACACAUUACUUAUGGGGGGGGGGGGGAGAAUUAAUAUAAGGAGAAUGGGGAUGCUGUGGUUGAGGGCAGCCAGAGAGACCACACACAGAGGUUGUGCUCCAACUUGGCAUCCAAAUGAGAGCAGGUUUGGAGCAUCCACACAACGUGGUCCCCUAGUCCUCUACCGCCCAGGUUUUCCCUUGCUUUGAUUGGCUGUUUUCUCAAACCAGCCCAGGUUCCCCGUUGCUUUGAUUGGCUGUUUUCUCAAAUCUAGCUUGAUCCAGUCUUUUGAGAAAGGCUGCAGUGUUUGCAAAGAGGAAGAUGGCAUUUAUGCAAGUCCUGCCCACACUGGCACUCUUUCUUUUUCUCAACCUCUUCGAGCCAGCACUCCUCCUACCAGCAUUACCAGAAGGCUUUUUGCAAACUUACCUUUUUGAAAUAGGUAAUUGUUAUGUCACUACUAGAUUCUGCAAUUACCAUUUUUAAAUACUCCCCCAAAGCCCUCUGAUUACAUGGAAGGGCAAGGAUGGCCAUGGGAGGCUGAGUCAAAUAAAUUGUGGGGAAAGUGGCCAUGCGGACACUCUGAUGCUGCAAGUGGCUCUGCAUUCACAGUGGCCAUGAGAGGUACCUGGGCAUUCAUCACUGUGUGGAAACAGCCAAGGUUCUCUUUCGUAUUAAUACGAAAUAAUAACCUUUGUUUCAACAUACAACCUCUCCCUUGAAAAGUGCAUGGGGCCCAUUGAGCUCAAUGAUUCCUUAGCAUUCUGUGGAAUAAAGUCAGCAGCUUCCUUGGAUCCCCUUGUUCUGAGAAAUGCAUUCCAGUCCCCACAGUGCUGCACUUCAAUCCUCACACCUUGCCUUGUGCGCCAAUCUGCUGCUGCAUCCCGGUUUGCACUGGCUACCUGAGAUGGUGCAGAUAGGAUGUUCCAAGUCCAUGUUUUGCCUUUAGCAAAAGGGCUGCUGUGUCUAACUUGGACUCAGUUUUUGGAUUUCAGACCUGCAUCCCACAUCUGCAGUUCCAUUUGCCUGCAUGGAAAUCCUGAGUGCAUGCAUGCCUUGUUAGAACCAAGGGGCCUUAGGGGUGCCCAGAGCUGUUGAUUCUGAAGGAUUUUGCCUCUCUCCAGUUACUACAUGGAUAGCUGUAGCAACUAUUCCAUCCAUUUUCUAGCACUCGUACAUGUAAAUAAAACCACCCUUUCAAAAAAAAAAGUUUCAUAUCUGGGGUGGUAGGCAUGCUGGAAUUCUUUAUUAUAUGGCCUUUUUUAAUACAAACCAAAAUUAAACCACCAGUUUUGCAAUUCAGUUCAUUUUGCAAAGAGAAACCAGAGGAGUCAGAAAUGAAGAUCCUUCAUAGCAAAGAAGAAGAGCAGAGAUCUUAUCGACCCAUCCUGCUUUAUAACUUUGCUUUAUUUGAAAUUCACUGGCCUGGCAGAAAAAAAUGAUCCUGAAAUGUCUGUUGAAGAUCAAAUUCAGUGCUUGGUUAGUUUCUCUUGUUCAGCAAAGACUAGCUAAAAACUAUACAUCCAUCCAUAUGUGCUACUGUUUACUUGAAUGCAACAUAACUGUGAUUCUGUCCUAUUUCAACUGCUUCUAUUGUUUUGAUUUCUCCUUCAAUCCUGUCUCAUAGGACAAAGCUGAAUUAUUAGUUUCAAUUCACAAUGGCCUUUAAUCAAUGUCUUAUUUCUUUUGAUACUAAGCAAUAAAACAAUAAAGUGAUUUUUAAGAGA